GAGUGUACUCAUCAACACUGACACAACAACAGCUCGCAAUGGUUGCCCGAUGGGUCUAGUGCCAGCGCUUGAGGAAUCGCAGGCCGCUCAAGCGCUUUUCGAAUAGCCAUGGCGAUGAUGCGGACCAGGACCAAAAGCCGAGGUAUGUGCCUCUGCCUUCUCGGGAUUGCAUUGGCGCUGCUCGUGCAGCCGAGCACGGCCUGGGUCUUGGGACACAUUUUUUCGAAGGUUUUCGGGUUUCAGGAGUCCCUUGUCGCCGCCGCCCAGGACUUUGCUCGAGGAGUUCCUGGGCUGAAGGACAGCAUAUCGGUGGCAAAACGGCACCCGUUGCAUGCCGGAGUCGCUCGGCGCGCCGGGGCUGCGCAAGAGGACAACAGUGGCCAGGCCUGGGGGACACGUGCAUCGGGUUUGAACGUUGGGCUUGUUGGUUGUCAGGACCGGCUCGAUCUCGAGGAGGCGGGCCUUCAGAGAAAGCGACGUCCCAGCCUUGCAGCCCUAAAGGCCUUGGAAGAGGACCUGCUCCUGGCGCGACAGCAGCAAGCGAGCGCCCAGCGGCAGGUUGAGACUGCCCAGCGGCAGGUUGAAAGCGCUCAGCGGCAGGUUGAGAGCGCCCAGCGGCAGGUUGAGAGCGCCCAGGAGCAGGAAGCGAUGGCGGUGAGGCGUCUCGCUCGAGCUGCCACCGUCUUGGAGACGGCGGAGGACUCGGGCAAUGCGACAAAGGUGCAGGAGGCGGAGAGGAAGGUUCAGGAGGCGGAGAGGAAGGUUCAGGAGGCGAAGAAGGAGAUUCAGGAGGCGAAGAAGGAGGUUCAGGAGGCGGAGAGGAAGGUUCAGGAGGCGGAGAGGAAGGUCCAGGAGGCGGAGAGGAAGGUCCAGGAGGCGGAGGUCAAGGAGGCGAAGGCAAGCGGCCGGACGAAGGAGUCCGAGGCGGGCGGAGUCGGUCGCUUCCGCCGGCCGGCUGCGUUCUGUGACUCUGAUCGUUGCGUGCGGUUCUGAAAUUCCCCGCGCGGCCCGCACAUGGUUUUGGUGGGGCAGCC